AUGCUAGUCCCCAAAUCCUCCGGGAAAUGGCGUAUGUGCGUUGAUUUCACAGAUUUGAAUAAAGCCUGCCCGAAGGACCCAUACCCCUUGCCGAGGAUUGAUUUGAUGGUAGACUCCACAACCGGAUUCGAAAUGUUUUCAAUGAUGGACGCUUAUCAGGGGUAUCAUCAAAUCCACAUGGAAGAAGAGGAUAGAGACAAUGCCUCGUUCAUCACCGACAAGGGGAUUUAUUGCUACAACAUGAUGUCGUUCGGGCUGAAGAAUGCGGGCGCGACGUAUCAAAGGCUGGUAAACAAGAUGUUUGGUGACCUGUUGGGAAAGAUAAUGGAAGUGUACGGUGAUGAUAUGCUGGUCAAAAGCAAGAGGUCGCAAGAUCAUCUCGAGGACCUCGCACACGCACUACAAGAGUUGAAGGAAUAUCUUACGAAGCCCCCCCUGCGCGCAAAUUCGAAGGAAGGGGAGACGCUGCUUUUGUAUUUGGGAGUAUCUGAGAAUGCGGUCAGCUCAGUGUUGGUGAGAGAAGAAGGAAACAACCAAUACCCGAUCUAUUAUGUUAGCAAGAUGCUUCAGGGUGCUGAGUCAAGAUAUUCUGAGAUGGAGAAGCUAGUCCUUGCUUUAGUCAUCACAGCUCGAAAGUUGCGACCUUACUUUCAGUCGCAUAAAGUGGUGGUACUAACGAAUCAUCCCCUCAAACACGUGAUGUCGCGACCCGAGGCCUCCGGGAGACUAAUUAAAUGGGCCGUGGAAUUGGGGCAAUAUGAUGCGGAUUACCAAUCCAGGACCGUGCAGAAAGCACAAAUAUUAGCCGAUUUUGUGACGGAAAUCUCCAGUGACCCCAAUUCACCUGUUGCUGAUAGAGAGCAAGGCUCAAAAUGGAUGUUACAUGUGGAUGGCUCUUCAAAUGCAAACAAUGGAGGAGCGGGUAUAUUGAUUCAAGGGCCAAAGGAUGUGGAGAUCGAGGUGGCAGCUCGUCUAUCCUUUUCUAUGACCAAUAACGAAGCAGAAUAUGAAGCGCUCAUACUGGGGUUAGAACUCGCACAUGAAGCCGGCGCCAGAGAUCUGGAGGUUUUCACGGAUUCCCAGUUGAUCGCCCUACAGAUCGAAGGAACGUACGAGACAAGGGAAAGACAAUGA